AUGCGCUCUACCACUUAUCCAGUGCGGCGAGCGCGGAAAAUACGGAAACGUGCCAGACGCAUUGUUGUGGCCUUUGUGAAGAGUCGCCAGUUCUUCAUCCUCAUAAUGACCUGUGUCCUGCUGAACACGGUGGUUCUAACUACGGAACACUACAACCAACCCAUGUGGCUCAAUCAGUUCCAGUCCUUUGCCAACGUCCUCUUUGUGAGUUUGUUCACCGUGGAGAUGUUGCUGAAGAUGUUCGCUUUCGGCCUUCAGGACUACUUCUCAGCUCUCUUCAACCGAUUCGACUUCUUUGUGGUAAUAUGCUCCAUCCUGGAGCUCAUACUUAUCCAGCUGGACCUGCUCGACCCCAUGGGUCUGUCGGUGCUGCGAUGUGCUCGUCUUCUACGCAUCUUCAAGUUGACACACUACUGGAACAGUCUUCGCUCGCUGGUGAAUCGUCUGCUAAAGUCUGUAAAGUCGAUUGCCAGCCUCCUGCUCCUUCUCUUCCUCUUUAUCCUCAUCUGCUCCCUCCUGGGCAUGCAGUGGUUUGGCGGGACCUUCAACUUCCCCAGCAAGGACAAGCCACGGAGUCACUUUGACGGCAUCGCCCAGUCCAUGAUUACAGUGUUUCAGGUGGGUCUGCUUGACGUUGCGGUGAAGGGAAAACCGCGAAUCUUGACGAUUAAAUGCGAGCAAAUUAGUCAGGUCGUACAACGAGGUUCAGUGUCCUGUUAUAGCCAGGGAUGUUCAUGGUCAUCCCGCGAUGCACUGUUGUUGAACCGGGGUGAUCCGGCAGCAAAGACGGUGGAUUCUAUUCUCUCUUUCUCCCUCUGCCAGUUACUCCAUUCGCCAAUGCCUUCCUCCGGGCUAAGUGAAAAAGAAGGGGUUGAGAUCGAGAAUUCUGCAAAUUUAUAG